GUCCUUUUGGUUUCCAUGGAGACCUCAGACGGCAACAGAACACGGAGAGAGAGGUGUCCGACCCGAUUCUACUUCUGAGCACCAGAAUUUCACCUUAAACUUUUCGGCGACGUGUUCUGGACGCCUGAGGAGCUCUGAAUCGGGCCAGAAUCAUCGCUUUGGUAAUCUGUGGUCACACAACUGAAUGAUCCUGGAAGUCUUUUCCUGGGAGAGAGAUGGAGAGUAGCUCUCACACACUGCCACCCUCGUCACCAUGUCCUUCCCCUUUUGGAGGGUCCCUGCCUUUUUCCUCCUCGCCACAGCAGACCAGCACACUCCCACUUUCCCCAACUUCAUUCCCCCCUUCCCCUGAUUCACUCUCUCCAGCCACAGCAGAGUCUGUUCACUCUUCCUCCCCUCUCUCACACUGCACAGCCUCUCAGUGUCUCGAGGGACAAAACAUACAACACCUCAGCCCGGCGAACAUAUCUGACCAGGAUGACCUGACCUGCCUCAACUGGCUGCAUCAGAGGGGCAACCUGCUGCCACUGCAGCCUCUUCCCAAAAUGACACAGCUGCCUCAGCAACCUACCCAUCCUCUUCCUCCUGCCUCGUCCAAACCACCGUACUCCUUCAGUACCCUGAUUUUCAUGGCAAUAGAAGAUUCACCUGACAAGAGGCUUCCGGUGAAAGAUAUCUACGAAUGGAUUGUGAACAAUUUCCCUUACUACAGGACAGCCAUUGGAGGCUGGAGGAACUCUGUUAGACACAACCUGUCUCUGAGCAAGAGCUUCCGCCGCCUUCAGAGGGACAAGAGCCAGUCCGUAGGGAAGGGAUCGCUGUGGUGUGUGUGUCCAGAAUAUCGUCCGGCGCUCCUUGAGGUGCUGAAGAAGACCCACAGUUAUCACAGCACCAACAGCAACCUGAUCAACACGCCGGCACUUGAAGUGUUUCCACAGUUAUUCCAGUUGUUCCAACAUAACCUCGGGACAGCGAUCGGGUUGGAAGAAGCUGAAUUCGUUGUGCCUGAAGUGUGCGACUCUUUUGAAAUCUCAGAUCCUCUUUCUCACACCCUCCUCCUCUCUACGUCCUCACCACAAACCUUGACCCAUGGCAACCUAAAUUUCUCCGAAAACCCACCGUGCCCUUUGACCCCAGAUCACGAGGAGCUGGUCACCAUGGAGUCGAUUGAUUACCAGCAGGAGGAGGUCUGUGAGGAGAUGGAGAAGGAUCCCCUGUCAGACAGCGGGUACAUCGAGUUACACUAUUACCAGUCUCACCAGUACCUGGUGCUGCCAGGUGACACCGAGCUGGACCUGGAGACUGUGGAGAUCCUUCAGCUCGAUGCCGAGGCCCAGGAGGCUGCUGGGUCUCUGCUGGACCUCGCAGGCGGUGGAUAUUAAUGUUAUAUCACGUUUAACAGAUGCAAUGCUUCAAUCCAACAUCAACAAAUCAACAUUAUGAGGAUUAAUGUUGAAAGUUUAAAUUGAUAAUGGAGGGAGUAUUUUUAAGAUCGAUUACUUCUUCCUGAGAUGUUGACACUGCCCUAUGGCUCCUUCCUGUUUUGUUUUUAGAUAAAAAUAUAUAUAAUCAACUCUUUUGAUGGACUAACAAGGUUAUGGAUCAUAUUGCUUCACAUAGGCAUUUUCAAUGCAGAGGCCGAAUUUAGCAUCAAUCAAUGACAACCUGGACACAAAUUUGAGAGUGUCUGUGAUGAUAAAAAAUAAGGACAAAAUGAUACUUUAAAGUAUUACAAGAGGUUACAAAACUACAUUUUAAGGUUUUCCACUGUGAUUUUCUAACACAGUAAGUUCAUUCUCAGGGGUGGAGGGAGUGCUUCCAACUCAGCUAGAAAGUAUGUUUCUUGAUUAAGAUUUCCCACAUUAAAGUAAGUUUUAUAGCGUUGAAACCUGCAUAUAACGAAGAAAAAUUAAGGCCAGUGCUGCACUGGAUCAGGAGUACAGAUCAACUGAUGUUGUAAAAAAUCAGGUGCUCUUCAAGUAUAGGGAGUCAAAAAAAAAAGGAAAAACAUUGUAUUAACUUGUGGAUAGAAGUUACAAGUAACUUGGACAGUCACUGUUCUGUAUUUUUUUAUUUUUACAAAAAUAGCUCAAUACACUGCUCAAUAUCUGCACUAUUACCGUUUCAAUAUAAGAUGUGUUACCAGUCAAUUCUUACAAGUGGUGACCAACUUUUCUUUUAUAAGGUUUUCCUAGUACUUACUCAAUGAGGAAAAAGCAGCAUUUAAAACAAACGUAAGUCAAAUGUUUUGGCCCCUAACACUGUUACUGCUGUAUUUUCAAAAGUAGCCGAGUAUAACACUUAAUAAAGAAUAUUUAAUUUAUUAUGUAGUUGUAAUUGUAGAUUGAGCUCAUAAAGUGAGAAAGCACUUCUCAAUUACAAAAAUAUAAGUACGUCCAAUUUUAUGUCCAAUUAUUUUCUUUUUUUACACUUAUUCUUCAGAGUUGAUUUAAUGUACAUGCUGUCAUGUUACUGAAUCCCUGGAUGUCUUUGAAUUUCUGUGAGUCUGAAAACCCAGUUAUGCUCUUGUAAGCUAAGCUAUACGCUGUUUGAAUCAGGAAAGGUUUUGAUACGUAGUUGAAAUGUAAAGAUGAACUCACUGCCAUUUAAACCACUUUACAUUUCAGGGUACUCUGAGAUUUCUGUUUGUAAAUUAUAUGUAUUUUUGAAAUCUUUAGAUUUUGUAAUCUAACAAAUAAAAUCUGUCAUGCAGUU